UAUCGAUGCAGAUUUGAUUGUUUGCAAGCAGUGCUUGAGUAGCUGGCCAUGCAUGACAUUGCGUGAGCGACGUGAGCGACGCGAUGGAUACAUGUAUGCUGUGCAUAUGAAUGUAGCGCAGAGCGAGGGUACGUACCAUUGAUUGUCGCGAGGGAGCGAGCCGUCGUUCCGAAAGAGGCUUGGCGGGGGUGACGUCGUGUGGCGUGUGCGGCGGUGCAAAAUUGCAGCGGUCUGGAGGUGGUGCUCUGCUUGCUGCUCCACACGAGAAGAUUGGAUCAACAAUCGUCAGCGGCCUGCGCGUCCGUCCAUCUACUGACUUACUUACUUCCUCUCCUUCUUCUUCCCAUACCCCUCCCCCUCCCCCACCAGCUCUCGCUCUUCUUUCUCUUCUCCUCCCUUCCCCCGCCAGCAGCAGCAGCCAUGGUUGUUGAUACCGAAUAUUACGACGCCCUGCAGGUCCCGCCUACCGCUACCGAGCUGGAAAUCAAAAAAGCAUACCGCAAGCUUGCCAUAAAACUCCACCCAGACAAGAACCCUGGCGACGAAACCGCGCAUGCAAAAUUCCAAGCUAUUGGCGAAGCAUAUCAGGUCCUCAGCGAUGAGACCCUACGAAAGCAAUACGACCAGUAUGGCAAGGAGCGCGCUGUUCCUAGCAGUGGUUUUGAGGACCCCGCCGAAUUCUUCACCUUGAUCUUUGGAGGAGAUGCUUUCGUAGACUGGAUCGGCGAGAUCUCGCUCAUGAAGGAUCUCACCAAGACCAUGGAAAUAUCCAUGCGCGAAAUGGAGGAGCAGGAGGCCGCUGCUGCUGCUGAAGGCGAGACCGCCGCUGACACUGCUACCCCAAACGCAACAAGCCCUGCUGCUACUGCUACUGCCCCUGGUGCCGCAACCGCUGAACCCUCGAGCGCCGCAAAGGCAAAAGAAGCAGAAGCCGCUGCCGAAGCCACAAAAGCCCAAGAAGACGAAGCACCGCCUCCAGCCUAUGUUGAAACUCCAGCAGAACCUUCCACCCAAACACCCCAAGCACCACCUCCACAGCCCAGCACCCCGGCGUCGGGAACAAGUACACCCCGUGGCAUACCAAUCCGAGCGGCCAUCAUGGACAAAUCGGAGGAGGAUGCGCGCUUGGAAGCAGCCGGUGUGACCGAUGCUGAGAAAGAACUCAGAGGGAAACAGAAGAAGGGCGGUUUGACCAAGGAGCAGCGGGAAGAACUCGCCGCCUACGAGCUUGAGCGCAAACGCAUAAGAGACGAGCGUGUCGAGACGUUAGCGAAGAAGCUCGUCGACCGCAUCUCAAUCUGGACCGAGACGGAUAAGGGUGCCGACGUCACAGCCGCCUUCAAGGAAAAGACGCGCCUCGAGAUUGAGAACCUGAAAAUGGAGUCUUUCGGUCUCGAAAUCAUGCACGCAAUCGGGCAAACCUACCUUUCCAAGGCCACAUCCUUCAUCAAGAGUCAAAAAUUCCUUGGAAUCUCCGGUUUCUUCUCGCGUGUCAAGGACAAGGGAACCUUGGUAAAGGAGACGUGGAAUACCAUGUCCGCCGCUAUCGAUGCACAGCUCACCAUGGAAGAAAUGGCAAAGCUGGAAGAGAAGGGUGGAGAGGAUUGGACCGAUGAGAAGAAGGCCGAGUACGAGAAGCGAGUCACCGGCAAAAUUCUUGCCGCUGCGUGGAGAGGUAGCAAGUUUGAGAUCCAGAGCGUGUUGAGGGACGUUUGUGACCAUAUACUCAACGACAAGAAGGUGAAGCUGGAGAAGAGGGUGGAAAGGGCACAUGCUCUGGUCAUCAUGGGCGAGAUGUUUCAGAAGGCCGAACGCGAUCCUGAAGAAGAAGGUGACUUCAUGGCAUUUGAGCAGCUCAUGGCCGAGGCCGCUGCGAAGAAGUCAGAAAAGAACGAAAAGCACACCGACAAGAAGAAGCACAAGGAGAAAGAAAAGGCUUGA